AAGAUUAUAAGCUUAACAACUGAUAAGCAACAAAUGAUUCGACAAUUUAAGUUAAAUCAUGACCUGAUCUUGAAUAGAUCCAGUAUACAACCAAGUAAACAAGCUUUAGUUGAUAAUGGUGAUUUUGAUUUUGAUAUAAGUUUAUUUAAAAAAGAACCUUUAGUUUAUACUAGUAUAAAUGAUUCCUUAGGUUUGAUUAACAAUAAUAAUGUUGCUGGUAGUAAAAAUCUAUCAGAUAUUUGUAUUAAUUUUCCUAUUGCUGAAAUCAAAUACAAGGGUAAUCUGUUAAAAUCCGCUUCAAAAUAUACAUAUGAUGAAAAAACAUUACAAGACAUGUAUGGUCAUUUCCUUGCAAUGAAGUUCUUAGUCGGCGGUCAAUUAUUCAUCAAGGGUAUUAAUUCAACUGCAACAACACAAAUCGACAUUUUAAAAUUUGAUUUAUUCAGGGCAUAUUAUUCAGCUAAAUAUUCGAGAAAUAUUCCAUUCGAUAAUUUAUUUGAUUUGAAUCUUCUACCAAGAAUUGAAACAUUAGAUGGGAAAUUACUAUAUACUCAUGAAGAAUUAUCCAAUUGGAUGAAUAAUUUGUAUCAGAAGAAAGUGAUUGAAUUAAUUUCUUAUGAAGAACUCAUUCCCAUUUCUCAAUUAACGAGCAGCAAAUCAUUAGACAACUUUGAGAAUUUUAACGAGCUAAAACUCGGAAUCGCCAAUUUUGACAAGAAAUUAAGUUUCGAAGAUUGGGUUGGUGAUUCAUUACACGAUAACUUAAUGAGCUGGGCUAGUAACUUUCACCUUUUUCAGGGACUAAUAUUUAAUAAAAAUAAUGAAAUAGAAAUCAGCAAGAAAAUUGCCAUUAAUUUUAUUAAUGAACUUCCUAAAGUCAAUCCAAGUGAUAAAAAUUAUUUGAAAGUGAUCAAGCCGUCAACAAAAUUAGAAGUUAAUUUGAUCUCUAAUAAUAUUUUUACAAUUAAAAAUUUACAUUCUUUUCCAUUUAUCAAAAGUAAUGUUAAAGGUUAUGGAAAUUAUAACCAUAUUCUUAUCAAAUUUGAAGAAUACGAAAUUUUCCUAAAUAAGGAUAAUAUAAACCCUACAAAAGAAUUUGAAGAAGCAAUAGAAAAAGCACUUGAUAGUAUGAAUCCAUUUGAAGCUUUACAAAAAAUAUUUGAUGAAUAUGGUCAUUUAUUUCCACAAAGAAUUGUUUUAGGAAGAUCCCUUAAAAAUAUAACGUCAAAUAAUUCUUCCAAUAGUAUUAUUGAACAUAUUGACUUAAAACCAUCAAUAUUUGAAUCGAUAAAACCACACUUAGACAAGUUGAACAUUUCAUAUUUGUUAACACAAAAAGGAAAAAUCGUUGAAGAAAAUAAUUGGUCUAACUGGAUCAAAAAUUCAAAAAAUUUAGAAAUUAUUGAAUUUGACAAUAUUGUUUCUUUCUAUGAAGUUCUUAAAGCAGUGCAACGAAAAAAAAUAGAUGAUAUAUUAGUAAAUGAUUUUAAAAUAAUAAUGACAGGAAUUACUGAUCUACGGGAUUUAGAUAACAAAAAUGUCGAACAUUAUAAACGUAUUAAUGUGGAACCAAGAUUGAAAGAUGAUGAUUAUAGAGUAUUUGGAUCAAUUAUUACAAAAAAUUAUUCAAAAUUGAAAGAAUUUUACGUGAAUUUUGGUUUAUGUGAGUUUAACGGAUUUUAUGCACUAAUAAGCAAAUUGAUCGUUGAAACGAGUAUCAAUAUAGCGGAAUGUUAUGUUUUAUGGAUGGUUGUUGGGAAUCCUUCAAAGUUAUCGGCUUUUAGUCCAAAUAAUCGGGAAUGCAAAGUCAAAUGUUUUGAAAAAUCUUUUACUUAUCAGCCUAAUAAAUCAAACUAUAACAUCGAGCUUCCUCUAAAAUUAUCUCAUGGAAAUGUCAUUUUCGUUCAUACAUAUGAUUCAUCGACGAAUUAUGAACAUAUAGUUAAGUUAGAUUCAUGGAAAGAUAGUGCCAUUAAUAUUCAAAUGGUCAAAGCAACAAAUGACUCUAUUGAUAUAAAUUUAUCUAUUUGUAUUUUAACUUCGGGUCAUAAAAAGUUGAAAAUUGAUAAUACGAAUGAAGUAAGUUCUGAAUGUUCAUUCGAUUUACUUGGAUAUAUUUUAACAGCAGGCUUUUAUAAUGAGAACUAA